AUGAAGCAGCUCACACGGAGUCACACGAGCAGGAGCGUGAUGGAGGGAGAAACAAUGAAAAGGAUUUUUCGCCACGUCUUGACCUCCCCCAUCAGCUACAGAGUCUUAAAUUGUGUAUCCUACCUGAUUAGGCGUUACAAGGUGGAUCGAUCGAAGCUGUGCACCCUGCUGAACGAACUAAGCGACGAAGUGAAGGAAAUGAGGGACGCAGAAAACUUCCUGGCGCUGCACACUUUCUUCUUGGAGGACCAGAGCGUUGCGCUCUUCUCCUUGAUGCACGUAAUAGACUUUUUCAGGAGCAAGCGGAGGUUGAUGGAAGCCCAGGACAGCAUUCGGAAAAAGAUCUACGAGCAGUGUGUGAAUGACCUCAUCAGGAAAAAAGUCAUCAAGUAUAAGCUCUUUUGCGAAAGGAGGGGAAUUCCAUUCCUCUUGGGGGAUGCCUUGGAUAAGAUUCGCCUGAGUGAGAAGGAGGAAGACGUGUACUUCAGUUACGACCGCGAGGAGCUGUCAAGGGUUUUUAUUAAAAGGGUUUCCACCGAGAGGGGGAGGGGACUGGGUGGCGCAGAGUUGGGCGAGAGCUGGGGGGAGGGCGGCCCCGGCGGUCUCAGCGGCCAUCCCGCUGUUGAGCAGGUUGCUGAGCAGGCUGAUGAGCACGUUGCUGGUCGAACCGCUGACCACACUGCUGGCAGUACUGCUAACCACACCGCUGACGCCGCCUCUGACGCGGACGCGCAGGCGGAGGAAAACGAAAACCUGAUGGAGCUAAAAAAGACGUACCAAGAGAUGCAGUCCUUCAACGACUCCAUAGUGAAGUACAUCGAGUCGAACCAGCGGCUCUUCUACUUCGACGAAAACGAGCCCCAGGUUAGGAGGCGCGGAGGGGGGGAGGCAGAGCGGGAAACACCAUUGGAGGCAUCUACGGAGGCGUCUGCGGAGGAGGACAUGGAGGCCGUCCGGAAGAGGAUAGACAGCUACAUACACGAGCACACAAAGAGCAACAACAUGACGAUGGAGCAGUUCGCCAACGAGUUUGUGCAGCAGGCCGACCUGAACUUCAAGGCCUUCCUCAAGGGGCUGCGCCUGGGGGGGGCCGACGCGGGUGUGGCAGCAGGCGGGGUGAUGGAAAGCGGUGUAACUUCAGACGGCGUAACUUCAGACGGCGACGUUGCGAAUGGGGGAAAUGCCACCCCGGCGGGAGCGCCUCGCCAAAACCAACUUACCACAUUCAAACUGAAGAAGCUCAACGAAGGAGAUGCAGACGACUCGGGGUUCCAUCUGACGAACGAGAUCCUCUACGAACGGCUGAGGGUGAAGAUGCUGUAUUUCCUCCAAAAAAUGGAGCACCUAAAAUUUAAGUACCAACAUGAAAUUAUAAAUGAAAGGUACCCCGUGGAGAAAAAUGAAAAAACAGUUUUGGACGUCCUCAAGUUUGGCUAUAAGAUCGUUGUGUCCCCUGACGUGGACAAUUCCCUCUUUCAGCAGAACCGGCACGUGCACGGGGGUCCCUCCGCGAGUGGGUGUGCCGACGGGGUGGAGAGAGACCCCCACGAGGGGGAAGCGGCCCUCCGGAGGAGAAAGCAUAUUUACGACUUCAAGUGCCGCGAAUGCGACUACCACAUUUUCAGCACCGGCGAAAAUCAGCUUGCGGAGGAGGUAGCGGCGUGUCCGCAGUGCCACGCGCGGAGUUGA